AUGUCCAAGCCCCUCAGCCACGUCAAAAUUGCUCUCCGUCGCUCCAGUGAGCGCGGAUACGCCGAGCACGGCGGCUGGCUCAAAACAUACCACACCUUCAGCUUCGCCGACUACUACGACCACCGCUUCCUCAACUUCGGCUGUCUGCGAGUCCUGAACGAAGAUCGCGUCGCGGCGCGGAAUGGCUUCCCUACACACCCCCAUCGGGACGCGGAGAUCUUCAGCUACAUUCUCAGCGGCGAGCUCACGCACCGAGACAGCAUGGUCAAGAAGGGCGCAGAGGGGGCGCCCAGCAAGCAAUUCUCGCGGAUGAGAAGGGGCGAUGUGCAGUUUACGACCGGUGGGACUGGAAUCGCCCACUCGGAGCAGAACGAGUCAAGCAAACCAGUCCAUUUCCUGCAGAUCUGGGCUCUGCCAUGGAAACACGGCCUCAAGCCCCAAUACCACACCUUGGCAUUUAGCGAGGACGCAAAGCGCAAAGCCUUCGUGCCGAUUCUCUCGCCGCUCGCGGCAGGGCCGGACGCGACACCCGCGGAAGAAGAGGCGGCGCAGCCCCGGAUACCAGAUACAAUCCCCAUCCACGCGGACUUCCUCAUGGGCGCGGGCAUCAUCGCGCCUGGAGCGACUUUCAAAUGGAACGUCGGUGCGGGAGAUGUCGUCGUUUCGAAGAAGAAGAGGAAUGUGUAUAUUCACCUGCCUAUGACUAAGCAGGGCAAGGCGAAGAUCAGGCUGGAUGGGCGCGAGGAUGCGGUUUUGGAAGAGGGAGACGGGGCGUUCGUCACUGGGGUGAAUGCUGGGGAUAUGCUUACUGUGGAAAGCAUUGGGGAGGCGGACGCUGAGGUGGUUGUACUUGAUAGUAAUUGA